UCGGGAAUACGUACUGAAGCAAUACGCCAAGGCGUCGCUCGCUCGGCAAAGGCUUUGCCGGCUCUAUGCCGACGGUCUCUCGCCACCGCGCCGUCGGCAUACCCCCGGCUGCAAUCUGCAAUGCCCCCCCAAACCCUACAUAGCCCGGCUUACCCCUCCACUUGCGCUUCCAUCUUCUCCCACUCGCGCCGCCGCUCGUCUCCGCGUCCGAGCCUGCCGUUCAGGGAGGGUCGGCUCGGCGACGAUGGCGGAAGACCGCAGCUGGAUGUACACGGGCCGCCAGAGCAGGAAGAAGUUCACCCCCGAGUGGUUGGAGAAUACGACCGAGUUCGUGGAGCGCGCCUUCCGCAUCCUCCCGCCGGGGCGCCAGGCCGUGCUGUGCCCCUGCGCUCGCUGCCAGUUCAGGCUGUACAGACCGAAGGACGAGAUUCAGCUGCAUCUGUUCAAGAACGGGUUCGCGCCAGGGUACACGGUGUGGGUGUACCACGGCGAGAGCCACAACCCCCAGCCUGCUAAGCCUAAGCCGUCCGACGACCACCCCGAAGACAAUGGCGGUCUCAACGGGAAGAAGGAUGGCGCCGGUGGCGACGAGCCAGCGUCCAAGCCGCAGGGGACCAAGAAGUGGGCGUGUGCAAGAGGCAAGCCACCAAAGAAGGAUCAACUGUGGGCGCGGGCUGUGGCGCAGGGAGAGGGAGGCCCGGCGACGACGGCGGAAGACCGCAGCUGGAUGUACACGGGCCGGCAGAGCAGGCAGUCCAUCACCCCGGAGUGGGCGGAGAAGACGACCGAGUUCGUGGAGCGCGCCUUCCGCGGCGUGCCGCCGGAGUUCGGAAUGCUGUGCCCCUGCGCGCGCUGCCGCAACCGCAACAGGCUGCCGAGGACCAAGUUCGACAUGACGAUGGAUCUGGGCAGGAACGGCUUCAUGCCAGGGUACACGGUGUGGGUGCACCACGGCGAGGGGCCCAACCCCCAGCCUGCCAAGCCGUCCGACGACCGCGGGAGGAAGGAUGGUCGCGCCGGCGGUGGCGAGCAAGUGUCGAAGCCGCAGGAGACUAAGGAGUGGGAGAUUUCCCAUCUUGAGGCGUAUGCAAGAGGCCGUCUACCAAAGGGGACUAGUCAAAUGGAGUGGAGCUACCAGAAAUACCUGUGGGAGCAAAAGAAAGCCAAGCUGCAACAGCAACAGCAACAGAGUGAACCAAAGGCAAAGAGGCUGCUCACGUUUGCUGAAGUGGAAGGGAGCAAUGUCAGCCUCCCGGAUCCUGAACUUGAAGAUACAGCAACGGCAACAGCUGAUGGUACUCCUGUAGCUAAUCCGCCAACAGCUGAUGAUCCUGUAGCUAAUCCGGCAACAACAGCCGACCCGCGUGGAGUUCAGAUCCCAGCUGGACCGACGGCUCGUCCCAAGCGCAAGGCAGGGCCGCCCGGGUGGCAUUCAGGUUCAGACUGGGUCCAUUGACCCAUGUAACGGCUACCUAGUUUAAAUAGCCCCCUUUAGCUACUUAUGUACUUGGCGGAUAAGAAAUGGGCGGCUAAGGCCGAUCGUAAGCACUUGUUGUGUCGGUGGAUUAAUUAGCUAGUUAAUCUUCUUCUAGAUGGAUUUCAUCCCUGUGAUUUCAAUUUGUGAGCCAUCUAGCGAGCAAGAUCUAUGUAGCUUACAGUUGGUAUCAGAGGCAUUGAGU